AUGGCUGAGGUGAUGGAGGUGGGCGGUGGAGUGUGGAGCGUUGAUGGGACUGGGUGCUGCGGUGAUCUCGCUCCCCUCAUCUCCCACAUCGCCGCCGCCACCCACCCCGACCCCAUCCCUCCCCUCGUCUCCCUCCCAAACCUUGUCGCCGGUGGCCUCUCCCCCUCCUCUCCGCAUCCCUCCCACCUCGUCCCCAUCUCUCUCCCACACGACGUUGACAGACUAGGAGCAAAACCAAAAUCCCCCAAGCCCAACCCACUUCGUCUGCCCUCUUCCUCGAUCCUGUGGCCGCUGCCGCCCCUCAUUCCACUAGCGACGGGCUUCCUCGCCGGUGACCUCGCUGCCCUUCUCCCGCACCGCUGCCGCCCCUACCCUCUCGCCCUUUCCCACCUUCUCCCUCUUCCCUUGGUCGUUACGCGACUUGGAGCAAAAUCCGCGACGUACCACCACCGGCUCGUCGUUAACUGCUCCCGCAGCCCCUCCUCUCCCCCAUCCUGCUUCCUUCGAGCCCGCGCCUCACUCUUCUCUGCUGAUCUGCGCAGGUCUCCUUCGCCUACGGCGAGAGGGACGGGGCGCUGUACGCGCUCGGCAUGGAAGCCUGCGGCGCGGAUGCCGUUGACGACAAGGAGCUCCACCUCGUUCACCACAGGGAUGGCCAGCUCCACAUUAAGGUCCCCCCUCGCCCCUGGUCCGAUCCCCUCUGGUUUUUGUGCGAAUUGGUUGCUGUGAGUUGCCAUGCUCCGAUUGCAUCGAUCCGGCAGCUGUAAUUGAUUU